CCUUCUCAAUUUGCUCUAUAAAAGACGCCCUUGCUCGCAAGCAGCCUUCAAAUUCAUCAGAGACCCUUUAGCAAAGGAAAACAAAAAAUGGAAGAUAAACGGUUUAAAGGGCACGUAGUAGUACUGCCGUACCCUAGCCAAGGCCACAUAAACCCUCUUCUCCAAUUUGCGAAACGUUUAGCCUCUAAAGGUGUCAAGGCAACGCUAGCCACAACCCAUUACACCGUCAAGUCCAUAAGUGCGGCUCAUAUUGGGGUCGAGUCCAUCUCUGAUGGGUUCGAUCAAGGUGGCUUUUCUCAAGCGGGAAAUGUAGAUUUUUACCUUAAGUCAUUCUGGGACAAUGGCUCCAGAACCCUUUCUGAACUGAUCCAAAAGUUCAGAAACUCUAGCACCCCUGUUAAUUGUAUAGUGUAUGACUCGUUUCUGCCAUGGGCUCUUGAUGUGGCAAAGCAGCAUGGGAUUUAUGGAGCUGCAUUCUUUACCAAUUCUGCCGCGGUGUGUAGCAUCUUUGCUCAUAUUCAUGGUGGCCUGCUUGCUCUGCCACUUACUCCUGACAGAGCACCCCUAAUAUUACCAGGACUUCCUCCUUUGAACUUUCGUGACUUGCCCACUUUUCUGAGGUUCCCAGAUAGUUAUCCUGCGUACUUGGCCAUGAAAUUGAGUCAAUUUUCGAAUUUGAAUAAAGCUGAUUGGAUUUUUGAUAACACCUUUGAAGACCUGGAAGGAAAGGAAGCAAUGGCCGUAUCAGAGCUCUGGCCAGCGAAGUUGAUUGGCCCGAUGGUACCAUCUGCUUACUUGGAUGAAAGGAUCAAAGGUGACAGAGGUUAUGGCUCAAGUUUAUGGAAGCCACUUAGCGAAGAGUGCAUGGAAUGGCUAGAAACAAAGCCAUCUGGAUCCGUGGUCUAUGUUGCUUUUGGAAGCAUGAUUUCAUUAACAGAGGAGGAAAUGGAAGAGAUCGCCUGGGGCUUAAAGGAAAGCAAUUUGCAUUUCCUGUGGGUUGUAAGAGAGUUAGAACAGAAAAAACUGCCCAAAUGGUUCGUAGACUCAACUCAAGAAAAGGGCAUGGUCGUAACAUGGUGUAACCAACUAGAAAUGCUGGCACAUCCAGCCGUAGGCUGCUUUGUGACACACUGUGGGUGGAACUCAACCCUGGAAGGGCUGAGCCUUGGCGUGCCAAUGGUUGGUGUGCCCAAAUGGACUGAUCAAUUGACCGAUGCAAAAUUUGUGGAGGAGAUUUGGGAGAUAGGAGUGAGGGCCAAAGAGGAUGAGAAGGGAGUUGUGAGGAAAGAAGAGCUGAUGAAGUGCUUGAAGAAAGUAAUGGAAGGGGAGAGAAGCGAAGAGUUGAAGAGAAACGCCAACAGGUGGAGGGAGUCAGCUAAGAAAGCAAUCACUGAAGGAGGGAGCUCGGAUAAGUGUAUUAAUGAAUUUGUGGAACAUUUGAUGGCUUCUUACAGAAACUUGAAUGGACACUGUUAAACAAAUUAAUUACGAUUGUGCCUACUUCAUUUCUGUACUAUUGAAGAUAUAGUGUGCACUCAGAUUUCUCAGUUUCUAGCAUUAUUCUGGUUCUGGUUGAAGUAGUGUGUAGUUGGUUUGUUAUUCUCAUGAAGCCUUUAGUUCAAAUUUGUCCUUUUUUUGUUUUUUAUUCAUUGAUUCCUCUUAGUUAAUCAACUUUUUAGCAUAUGGAAUUGAAUAUAUCAUCU